AUGCGAUGCGAGAAUGCAGAAGGACUGAAUAAACGGUUUGAAAAGCAACUGAGUGAUUCAAAGAAGGAGAUAAAAACACAGAUCAGUGCAGUGGAUGAGUUGAACCGUGAAGCGAAACGAUUGGAGGAUCGACUUCGCGCUUCGGAAUCCGACCGAGUGACAGCCGAGACGGCUCGCAGGCAUCUGGAAGACGAGAUACGCAGACUCAAAUUGUAG